GACAUGGAUAUGCUGCAACUGUUCGCCUCGCCGGCGGGUCGAGCGUUGCUCACCAGUGACAAUCGACGGAGAGGAUCGACGUCGACCUCCUCCUUGUCUCGAGAGUCCUCUUCGAAGCUGAAGAGAAGCAGAAGACCAUCGGGUACAGUCAGUGCGCCGACCACACCAGCCAGACAACGGAAAUCAAGCGCCGAACUGUACAAAGAAGCUGUCGAGAUUCUUGGUCUUACCUGUUCGUUGACUGAUAGCUGCCCGUGCAUCGAUUGUCAGAGCAACUAUUUCGACUGCGACGACGAUUUCGGCGACGCGAGAACGGAAUUGGCCGCGGGUACACCGAUUCUGCUGGACCACGCUCUGUCACAUCCAUUGACGUGUUCCAUACAGUAG